CACAAAUAUGAGCAUUACAGAUGAGGAAAGCUCCUCUUGCAAUACCACAGAGAUUGACGAAAAAGUUGAUGAAGACUAUAUCAAAGGAUAUUAUGACGCAGAAUCCCCAAAGCCUCUAACUCGACGACCAGAAGCACGGAAAGGUCCAACUUAUUAUGAGUUCUCCCCAAAAAGACAAUCCUUCGGGAGUGGCAAAGCCAGAGAACCUAUAAGCUUCUAUAAUCAAACAAUACUAAAACUUAAGACCCCUUUGCGAAAGCGCAAUAUGUAUACAAGCUCAAAAGAGAGCCGCAAAAAGUCUGCCCUCAAAAAGCGUAAGAACGCAAAUAAACUCUGAGGCCCGACAAAAGCGAACCACUGCUACUACGCUUCCUGCUCAUUACCAUACUCUUCAAAUCUAAAAGCAUCUCCUGUUAGGAAGCAAAGCUCAGAAAAGACAAAACCAAAAAAGAGGCAGCACUCGCGGAUAAAGCUCUGUCAGAAGCCUCUAAAUUCGUUCAACAAUACUCUGAGUUCGAAGCCUCCUCUGCCUCUUCAAAAACUCUAAAAUCUCAAAAAUCACCUAACACCAGCAAAUGUCCUCAAUCUUCAAACAAAAUUCCUUUCUUACCAAGCUCCUUCACAGCAGCUCUCAACCUAAGCACUAAAAAGACAAAAUAAGGCAAAAUGCAGAAAGAUGAAAACAUCAAAACCUGAACAGCUUUACUCGAGAAACAAACUUAUUCUUGACAAAAGCAGUAAAAGUGUGACCAAUAAGCCUCCCACUACUCUACAGAUAGUAAAGGAGUUCAUCAAUAACGGAGGACUUGCUAGACCAAAAAUAGAUGUAAAGCCUAAAAGAAAAUGUCGGAAUAGAGCAAAGGCCAGAAGAAAGUGCACGGACUUCACCUUCAGAGGUUCUGUAAGCACAGUAUCCAACUGUGGCUUCCCAGCUACUACAAUCCGUUGCAUUCAGUAACUUCUUAGCAAAUAAGAAUUUCAGAAACAGUUCCAGCUUGUUUUUAAGUUUCUUGAACUGGCUCUGCCAACUUAGCCCAUCUGUUGCCUUUCAAAAGUUUUCUCUGCUUAUUAAAAUUGUGCUAAGCAUAAUACCAAUAAAGAUAGAUUAUUUUCCAGCGUCAACAAAGAUAAACAAACUGGACUCAACAAUGAGUGAAGUUUGAAUAAAGAUAAGCUAGAACAACUAUUUGUUUG